AUGAGGAAUUUUUUCACGUUAUUUUUUGCAGCAUUAUUUUCGCUUGCAGCACUCAUAUUGGCCAUUGUGGCUUGCGCAGGUUCGACGAAAAACUAUAGCCCUAUAAACAAAAUAUAUUGUGCCGAGUUAGAUCUGUCGCAAAUACACGUAUCGACGGUUUUCCCCUCACUAGGGUCAGCUACGCUGUCGACGUUGGGCUUGCCCUCGUAUAUAAAUAUUGGUCUGUGGUCAUACUGUUUGGAGGACUCUUCCCACAGCAUCCAAUCCUGCUCUUCCCCCAGCGGUAUCCAAAAGUUCAAUCUAACGGGAUUGUUGUAUGACAACAUCGUUGACAACGAGGCUUUGAAGCUUAUAGACUCCAUAGCUGACGUUGUUCUCCCCUCAAAACUACAGGACAAGAUGAAAUACUACAACGAUUUGGUCAAAUGCAUGUUCAUCACCAUCAUCAUAGGCAUUGUCCUGAGCUUUGUCAAUUUGGUGUUCAGUAUCCUGCGUUGGAUCAUCCAUAUUAGGCCGCUGGUGUGGGGUGGUGCUUUUUUUUCGUUCUUGGCGUUCGCUGCGCUAAUUAUCAGCAUAGGUUCGUGUCUGGGUACUUAUUCGUAUAUCAAGUACAUCCUGAAACACAACUACAGUGACUACGGUAUUUCGUUGAGCAUUGGUAGGACUUACCAAGGUUUAAUGUGGGGGGCGGUUGUUGGAGCUCUACUGAAUUUCAUCUUAUGGUGUAGUGUGAGAUCUAGACCAAACAUGAUCUAUGCGAAUGCACCAAUUGAAGAGAAACCAUUGAUUUGA